GUCCUGUCCUUUUCUGUUCUUUUUCUUAUUUCUUUUUCUUUUUUACCCUGGACUUUCCUCUAGGGUAGCACCUUCCAAUCACUCAAUUGCCAGUCACAGAUGAGGGUCUGUUGCAAAUUAAACAAAAGUGGGGACCCCCGAUGCACGAUUGUCUCAGAUAUAGAUCUCUGACACAACACGAGGUCCUGGAAUACCUUCUUGCGUACUUCAAUCUGAUUAUAACAAUCAGAACAAUAGAUCAAAGAUUUCCUGUCGAAAGCGGACUGCUCCCUCCCAGUACACUCGAAUAAAUCCUAGCUAAUUCUAUAUGCAGUUCCGAAUCAGCUUGGUCCUUCGUGUUCCUCUCUGCGCGCCUAUGGAACUGCGACUGACGGGAGUAUCAGAUUAUAUGUCGGCCCGGAUUGUAAGACGUCAGACGGCGUGGCUUGACAAAUCGAGGGGUCGAUAUGACGUUCUGGCGCAAGCCAAAAAAGUGUCGUACGUCGAAGAGAACUGACUAUCACAAGCCCAGCAAGCGUUUGUCAAUACCCGUCGCGUAUCUUUGCAAGAAGGAAAGAGUCAAGAUGGUGAAAUGAGUGAGAAAGAACGAGGUUGCUGCAGCAUGCAGUGCAGCAAUGGGUCUCCUUUUCUUUUUAUUUGUUUAUUUAAUUCUUGUUUCUUUUUUCUCUCUUUUUCUCAAGUGUUUUCUUUGUGCGCCGGCUGCGGCGUAGCCCGGAUUAAAAUUGCGAAAAAUGCCUGCUCACAAGAUCCGACUGAUGCGGCGUGCGAGAUGGAGAAGCAAAAGGGUAAAAAAGGAGACUGGAAGAAACGAAGUCGGGGGAGAAGUGGAAAAAAGGUAAUGAAAAAAAGUCAAACGAAAGUAAGACGGCGUCGAGACUGAUGAUGAUCGGCCAGAAAGACCAGAAUCAAGAUGCGCCUCUAUCCAAUUCGCCUGCGUUGAUGCGCUUUGCAAAAGCCUGGUUGCGUGUAUAUCAACCGCCGGUGCCCGUGACCAGUCACGUACUUGAGGGUGUCAGAGCUUGCUGAUGUCCCUUUUAAUUUCUUUUCUGUUUUUUUUUUAGUAGUAACGGCUGUUCGUCUGCGACGGCGGAGCAGGCUCGAGAACCUUAAGAGCCGGAGAAGAUUCAGGGGCAACGCAGAAAGCAGCUAAGCAGGGGGGCUCGACCUCCAGACUACGGCUCCCCCACUUUGGAACUACUCUAAGUGUAUUAGGUUAGGUUUGACUCAAUGCCUGCAUUCUCGGCUUCUGAGUGGGCGGGCUGAGGCCGAUUCAGCUUUUCCUUCCCUCAUGCACAAGCAGAUGCGGCGCGUUGAUUUGCUGCUUGAGUUUGCG